GAGGGCAAUAACUCAUUAGCAGAAGCUCUGUAUGUGUGCAUUCUGCUACUUGCCACAUGUCUACAGGGGAAUUUCUUCAGAGUGCAGAGAAGCCUGUGAACUGCUGGAAUAUUAUAAGUCUUUCCUUGAGAUGUCAGCCAAGAGCUUCAGUGCAGUCACAGUGGCUACUGUGCUGACUUUCUUCCUAAAGAUACAACUCUCAGUGCAAGCGCCGGUGAACGGGUCAAAGUGGUCUUAUAUUGGUCCUGAUGGAGAGAAGGCCUGGCCAAAGAAAUACCCAUUUUGUGGAGGAGUGUUCCAAUCUCCAAUUGACUUCCACAAGGAUAUUCUCCAGUAUGAUUCCAAUCUCCUGCCUUUAGAAUUCAUAGGGUACAACGUGUCCUCCACUGACCAUUUUACACUGACCAAUAAUGGUCAUUCAGUGAAAAUGUACCUGUCACCUACCAUGUCCAUCAGGAACCUCCCUUUUGAAUACACUGCAUCUCAACUCCACCUGCACUGGGGGAACCGCAACAAGUCCGAAGGCUCGGAGCACACCGUGGGUGGGAAGCAUUUUGCAGCAGAGCUGCAUAUUGUGCAUUACAACUCUGAGAAAUAUCCAGAUGUAACAGCAGCAAUGGACAAAGAGGAUGGACUGGCAGUUCUGGCUGUUCUCCUCGAGAUCGGACCCUUCAACCCCUCCUAUGAAAAGAUCUUCAGGCACUUCCGGAACGUGAAGUACAAGGAUCAGAAGGUCCAAGUGCCUGGUUUCAACGUUCGAGAACUGCUCCCUGCCAGGCUGGAUGAGUUUUAUCGCUAUGAAGGAUCCCUGACAACUCCUCCCUGCUACCCCAGCGUUCUCUGGACAGUUUUCAGACACCCCGUUACAAUUUCACAGGAGCAGCUCCUGGCCCUGGAAACAGCCAUGUACUGCACGGAGAGUGACGACCCAGAGCCCCUGGAAAUGGUGGAUAACUUCAGGAACGUUCAGGAAUUUCACGAGAGACUGGUUUUCAUCUCCUUCCGUGAAGGUUUUGUGGUUUCUGCUGUGAUAGCCUGCAUCCUGGCAGUCCUCACCAUCCUUGCAGUAGCCUUGUGGCUCCUGAAGAAGAGAAGCUGCAAAAAGGAAGGGCAAGACAACAGAGGAGUCAUCUACAAACCAGGCAUGUACAAGGAGGAAGAAGAUCUCUCCAAAAUGUGAUGCCCUGCUCUGCCCCUUUUCAUUCACAGCACUGAUUUACUUUGGAUUGGUGGUCUCUUGUUCUUGGCUAAUGAUAAGCCUCAGGAGAGUACUAAAACCAGGUACCAGCCAAAAGUCUUGUGUAGCCCUCAUUCCCUUGUUUUCCAGGGAGAUAUGAUCAGCGAAUACCCCUGAGCUGAAUUCCUCACCACAUUCCUUUCAUGUCUGCUGCUCACUGAGUCUGGGUGUUUUAAUUGAUUUUACAGUUAAUCCUAAACUCCAGUUUUAUGGUUUGUUUAGCACAGGUUGUCCCACAGGUGUUCCAAUCUGAACACUCUCAUCAAGCUACAAGAACUCUUCCCUGCUAAAUCAGGGUAUUGGUUUCAGCAUCGUGAAUAUAAACAAGAUAAAGGGCAAACUGUAUUUGAGAUAAGAGUGUGAACUGGGUUGUUCAGCUGAUACAGUUUUUAGAAGCACAGCAAAUGAUGCAAGAACAUUCACCAGUGGAGCUGGAAAGGAGGAAGAGGGAAGUGUAAAUGCAGUGGGAGCCACAAGGAUUAUUAAUGGAGUUCAAACCCAGGAACUCAGUGCUGAAAAAACACUACUGCUAGAGGAACAGCUCCCCUUCCAGACAUCACCCAGCCUCACAAAUCUGCUGUGGAGGCCAGCCCUGACUGUCACUGAAAUGAGAGAAGCAUCAUGUCUUAUUGUCCUGCUCUUAUUUAUAGUGUGUGUAUGAAUGAUGUGGAGAUGCAGUUGCUGCUGCUUUUAAGCAGACUUGUCAUUUAAUCAUAAAUCCUGAUUGAUUUUACAGUUUAUAUUACAGCUGCAAUUAAACAGUAGAUGGUUUUGCUGAUUUAGUUCUCUGACUUCAGUAAUUUAGUUCCUAGAGAAUAAUCUAAAUUAUCUUUUCAGACCUUAUAAGCUAGAUACUUGAGUCUCAGUAUACAUUUCUGAAGGUGAGAAGCAUAAACCUGACCCUGUUUCCACUGAAGACAAUGUGGAAUGUCAUUGACUUCAGGAAGAAAAGGGUGGAGCCAGCCCAGCCCCAGUGCAUACAGAAUUCCUCUGGAACUGGACAUUUAAAGUGAGCAUCUGAAAUGCUUGUACUUAACACACACAGAGGAAGUGACAGAGCACAGGCUUAUUCCUAAAAUAACUGCAGGUCUGAAGGCUGCUGAACACCACAAUCUGAACUUCUCCCUUAGAGCCAUCUUACAUUCAGUAGCAGCACCACCACAGUUGUGAUUUUAAAUAAAUAAACUCUUAUAAUGUGUGUUUUCUCCUUUAAAAAAGGCAGAUGCAGACAGUUUCAGCAUAGAAUGUUUUAGAUUCUUCCCCUUCCAUCCCCAAGAAAACUGUUUACUGUCCAAACCAAGCUUUUGAGUGCCACGAGAAAUAACUUAUUACUGACUGUACAUGAAAUUUAGGAGCGCAAUCUUACAGCUAAGCACAUUGCAUAUUCCAGCAUUUUUAUCUCACAUAAACAAACACAUAAAGGUCAUCUUGUUGAAGUGUUUGAAAUUAUUUAAAGAGCAGCAGUUGUGUGCUAUGGGGAGCGUUACUUACUGUUUGAAUAAAGGUGUUUAAAGACAA